AUGUACCAGAGCCUGGCGCUGGCCCCGAGCCCCAGCCAGGCCGCCUACGCGGAUUCGGGGGCCUUUCUGCACACCGCGGGCGCCGGCUCCCCGGUGUUCGUGCCGCCGGCGCGCGUCCCCUCCAUGCUGCCCUACCUGCCGGCGUGUGAGCCGGGCCCGCGGGCUCCCGCGAUCGCCGGGCACCCCGGCUGGGCGCAGGCAGCCGCGGCGGACUCGUCGGCGUUCGGCUCCGGCAGCCCGCACCCGCCGGCCGCCCCGCCGCCCGGGGCCACCGCCUUCCCCUUUGCGCACAGCACCCCGGGACCUGGCGGCGGCGGCGGCGCAGGGGCCCGGGACGGCGGCGCCUUUCCAGGCGCGAUGCUGGCUCGCGAGCAGUACCCGGCCCCGCUCGGGCGGCCCGUGGGCUCCUCGUACCCCGCCGCGUACCCGGCCUACGUGAGCACCGAGGUGGCCCCGCCUUGGACCUCUGGACCCUCGGACGGCAGCGUCCUGCGCAGCCUACAGGGCCGCCCGGCUGGCCUCCCGGGCCACAGAGCCGCUUUCGCGGCCGACCUCCUGGAGGAGUUCCCCGGCGAGGGGCGCGAGUGUGUCAACUGCGGGGCCCUGUCCACGCCGCUGUGGCGCCGGGACGGCACCGGCCACUACCUGUGCAACGCCUGCGGUCUCUACCACAAGAUGAACGGCGUCAACCGGCCCCUCACGCGGCCGCAGAAGCGCCUGUCCUCCUCACGCCGGGCCGGUCUCUGCUGCACCAACUGCCACACCACCAACACCACGCUCUGGCGGCGCAACGUGGACGGCGAACCUGUGUGCAACGCCUGUGGGCUCUACAUGAAGCUGCACGGGGUACCGCGGCCCCUGGCGAUGAAGAAGGAGAGCAUCCAGACACGGAAACGGAAGCCGAAGAACAUCUCCAAGACCAAAGGCUCCUCAGGAUCCGCAGGGAACACCACAGCCUCCCCGCCGGCCUCUGUCCCUGACCUGGAGAUCUCAGCGGCCACUUUGAAACCUGAGCCCAGUCUGGCAUCCCCUUCGUGCCCCGGGCCCACCGUCACCUCCCAGGCCUCCACUCAGGUGGACGACACCCUGACCCCCAGCCACGUGGAGUUCAAAUUCGAGCCCGAGGACUUUGCCUUGCCUUCUGCAGCCCUGGGCCCCCAGGCCGGCCUCGGCGGGACCCUGCGCCAGGAGGCCUGGUGUGCGCUGGCCUUGGCCUAGGUCCCCGGGUCCCCCACCAGGACCCACCUCGCUACUUCUUCGCUCCAGCCCAGCAGAGAGACCGCCAGGCCGGACGC